GCGCAGUUUGGACGAUGCCAUGGAAUCGCAUCCCAAGUUCGAGGAAUUGAAGGAAGAGUGCUUGCUGUUUCCAGACCACGCCGAACAACUGCUCCAGGUCUAUCUCGAUCUUGUUGAAUCCAAGGAUUUUGAGGACGUACAUGUUAUUCAGGCACCAUUGCUUGAACGAUGUUUGAUCGAAGGACUACAUCCAGAUAAUAGUAACCGAUAUUUGGUCAUUCCCUCCCUGGUGAGCGAGCCAUGGUCUGUUGCCAAGCUAGAUGACACAUUCUCUGCUCUUUCAAUGGAGCAGGAUCCGCGAUUGAAAGAUGGUGCCGCGUCUAGGAUUACUUUCGGGGUCGUAGCGGCGGAUUCGACCAUUACCUACUUGAACCUCCAGCGGAGCAGGCCACGCAAGUCAGGAGAUGCCAUGGCCAGUGCGACAGGGACUGGGUGAUGUUUAGUCACGAAUUAUUUUGGUGCCUGCACCUCCAAUAAAUAGAGUUUCUUUUGACCCUUCCCUUCCC